AUGCAAGAUCAAUCCACCACCGACAUAGCGAUGCAUCAUGCUAUGGACACAGCCUUCCCACCAUCACCUCAGUGGUAUCAACCCCAGUCGGCAUGUCUCUGCUACCUCUCCGAGAAUACUGGUUGGCUUCUAUAUUCGCUCAACAAUGCGGUCCAUAUCCUGAACCCGUUCACGCUCAAGUAUAAUGGUGCCCUGCAGGGUGGCCACAGCGCCAGAGUCAACGCCAUCGCCGCUCGACCUGCAACUCCUUUUUGUUCAACAGAGCAAGAGCCAGUCCAAUACGCGGAGAACCUCGGACAGGAUUCUUGGGCGGAUCAGAAGGAAUCUCCAGAGCCGAGGAGAGUCCUUGUAGCAACAGCCGGAGAAGACUCCACGGUGGUGUGCUGGGAUGUCGCGACGCGUAGAGCUCUUGCCUCGCUGAAAAAAACGCAUACAAAAGGCGUCAAAGUUGUCGAAUGGACAAGUGAUGGUCGCUACAUUGUCUCUGGUGACAGUGCAGGAGUGGUUGCAGUCUGGUCUCCUUUUGAUGGCAAGAUGAACAGGAAGACGCUCCCGGAAAAGCCCGGUAUAUGCUGUAUGAGCGCAAGCCCUACAUGCCCUGACACGGUCGCCAUAGGACUUGAAGGCGGCGACAUCCUUAUUUGCCAAGUCAAUCUGACCUACAUUGUUGUAUUGCGCCGGCUGAAUGGCCAUACGAGUAAGAUCCACAGCAUGUCUUGGCAGCAACCAUCAGCAAUGCAGGAUCAGGGCUACACUCUUUUGGCUUCUGGGGCAGCGGACCAAACAAUCAGGAUAUGGGAUGUCGAGAAAGAAGCUACCGCCUAUGUUUUCCCAAUGCCUGAGGUCGAUCACAAGUUAUCACCACAGCAGCGAUCCAAACUCUGGGUGCCUGUCGGUUGGGUGUCAAAGGGUCGGGAUAUCAUCUCGUGCACUAGUCGCCAACGGGAUCCAGGAAAGAUUGCCAUGGGUCUCGGAUGCGAUACAAUCAAGGUCUGGAAUACCCUCAGCCAGGAAGAGCCCUAUGAGAGCGUUAUGGUAGAGCGGAUGCAGAGUAAAGUUCGUACAGUGAAGUGGCACCCGGUCGAGGAAGGGACGCUCUGUUUCGGUCUUGAAAGCGGCAAAAUUGGCAUGGUGGAGAACAUCUAUGGCCCUAACCCAUUUGGAAAUGGCCAGCACGAGAAGCAGGGGAAGAAGGGAAAGCAGGGGAAGCAGGACAUAGGUAAGGUUUGCCAAAAGAUGACAACCUUCCAAUCCUAUCACGAAGGUGCUAUCACGUCCAUCGCGUGGUGUAGUCCCAAGGCGUUUGAAGCCCCAGUUCCUGAACUUUUCGAUCUCUCCCUUCGCGACUCUUCCUUCUGCAUCGUUUCAUGUGGCAGCGAUGGCAAGAUCCUGAUCAGCGAUUCCACAAAGCCUACGAACAAGAGCCUCGAUCUCAAGGUGGUUCUUCAGCGGCAGAACUCGGCUUGGUAUCAAUCGUAUAGUGCCAUCAAGGGUCUCGAGGCGCCAUGGAGACGCGACUUUGCCAUCCAUCCGAAUGAGGAUCUGAUAGCCAUUGGUAAUGGCGACGGAUCGGUUGAAGUCUUUGAACUGAAGCAUUUCAAGCUGGUUUACGUUUUUCAAGGACAUACGAAGCGGGUUAAUCGUGUCAAGUGGGAGUGUUCAGUGGCCGGCGCAGGCGACGGCUCAACUGAGAGAAUAGCAACGAGCUCUUCACCAAUGAUGGUCGAUACGAAUUUCGUUCUGCCGACAACGCAAGCAUUUGCCAUCUUUCGCUGCCAUAACAGAGGUAUUUCGGACCUGACGUGGUCACCUCACGGAUACGGCUCAGGUUCUGAUUUAGCACGAUUUCGACACCUCGUAUCGGCAUCAUACGACGGCAAGGCGAUAGUGUACCAGAUCCAGUUGGAUGAUGUGAUCAGAGAUGGUCAUCAGCUCCGUCAGAUUGAAGAAGGAGAAGCUUCGAACGGGACAGAGGCGACGCGCGAUCUGUCCUCACAGGUGGAGCAUAAAGUGGUUGCCUGCUUCAGCGGCCAUGUCAGCGGCCAGAUCCUUUCAGUACACUGGAGCAUGACCGAGAUCGAUCAGAUUUACAGUGGAGGUCAGGAUUGGCGGCUCUGUGUCUGGGAUUGGAGGUCCCAUCCGUUUUCCGAUAGACAGCUGUCCAAAGAGCCGUUGACAACACACAAAGGAGCACUCAAGGAUGUUGCCGCCUCGUCUUCCCAAGACUCUGAAGCGGCGAGGGUGAAGGGAGCGAAUCAAAGUGGGGCUAUCGUGGAGCCGGACGAUUUGCUGAAGCCGGAAACACAGUUAGGGCAGGAACAGAAACAGAUGAACACUCCUUCGAGUAUGGGCACUGUGAAACAGGAUGAUAGGACUAUGGAGGAUGUUGAGAGUGUGCCACGGCCACCGAAGAGAGAGAGCGAUACCAGCUUGUGGCCCGAGGCUACUGUCUCUAAGCGCACACGGACAAAGCCUAAAAGCGUCAUCUCUUCUGUAGCUCUGCAACCGCCCAGGAAAUUUGCCUCUGAAACGGACACCGAGCUCGUCAACCUGUUCCCGGCAAGUGCGACUGCCUUUCAAUUUAACUCCAAGGAAAAGGUUCAUCUGGAAAUCAUACGGCUGGCGCGCAACCUCUACUGUCGACGAGUUGGACAGGGUGGCUGUCUAGAGCGAGAGGAGGAGGUCGAGGCAGCAAGAAUCCGAUGGCUCGCAAUGCUAGGAUUCUUUGAGAAGGAUGGAGAGAAGCAGGGUGUGGCACUGUCGCACAUUUUAGGUAGCGAUGUUGAUGAGAUGAAUCUUGGAGACAAGGAUGAGAAAGGCCAAGAGGACCAAGGUGAACAUGUUAAUCAGAGCAGAAAGGACUCACAUCUUGUAUCGAAGACACAGGGCGUCACAGCAUCGUGUGGUGCUUCUGAAGGGAGCAACCUAGGAUACUUGGCCGUGGACCACCAUUCAUCAGAUACCACCUCACUUAAAACGAAUGCGCGGUCCCAGGUACCAGAGGCAUGGCAGGGAGACGACUGUACGGCAUCAAGUUGUGACCUGGUAUUUUAUGGCUCACGGGAAUCGAUAAAAGCACUGGCGGAGAUGGAGACAGAGGAGCUGGCCAAGAAACAAUCACAACGUGGCACCUCAAUCUUUAGGGUCGGCGGAGGCCUAGGUGUUCUUCCUUUGGAGAAAAACAGUAGUACCCCACCAUCUCAGGCAAGUUUAGGAAGUAUUGGUCAGCUCAGUCAGAUCCCGGUCUCGUACUGGCUGGGCGAUGUACCCAAAGUGGCGGACAUUCUGGACUCUCUUCCUGACUCUGAGCUCGGGAUUCAGGACUGGAUUGGGAUUGCGCUCUCGCCGAUGGGAGGCGCUGGUGCUUGGCGCUAUAUGAUGACCAGGACGGCGGCUAAGUUUGCAGAGCGAGGGGAGGUUCAUGCCGCAGCGCUGUGUUACUUGGGGAUCGGACGCGUCGCUGAGGCCGUGGAUGUUUACCGCCGGGCAAAGUUGUAUCGUGAAGCGUUGAUGUUACUCCGGAUCAGGCUUUGGGACGACGAUGACGAUGCCGAUAACGAUGGCGAUACUGAAGGCGAUGGAUGGAACGAAGGCGACAGUGAAGACAGGAGCACGGACGAUAAGCAUAAACAUGUGGUGCCAUGGGACCCGGGGGCACUUCAUAUCCAAAUCUUGACAGAGUGGGGCCGGGAGAUGGAGCGACUGGGCCAGUAUGAGAAGGCGUGCAAGUGUCAACUCACACUCGCAUCGAUCCUUGCAAGACGGAUGCGACGGAAUAGUGGGGACCAGUUGCCUUUGGAGAGUGCCAGCAAGCUAAUUCAAGAAACACCCUCGGUGGGACUGCAGACGCUGGCGAGAAGAGGCGAUGUUACGACGCUGCGGACAGUGGCUGGCCUCGCAAUCCUACUCAGAGAUCCGUCUUGCCAGGAGCGCAUUUUACGAUAUGAGGCUGCCAUUGCCCAAAAGAGGGAGGCCGAUCGCGUCCGCAAGGGUCAACAUCAAGCGCAUCAUUGA